UAGUACACGCGUCACUUCCCAACCAUGGAAGCAGACUAAGGAAAUAACAAAGUUAUUGUGUAUUUUAAUAAAAAUGAUAGUUUUAACAUGUUGCAAUAGUUAAUUACUUUUUAAGUCUUUCGGAAGAAGGGUGGCCCUGAAUUGUUUUGAACUCUGCACAAAUAUUUCAGUCACAAAAUGGCAACCUGUGAGAAGAAAAAUAGUGAGUCUGCUGAUUCCCUGGGGAGCAUUGACUACUUUUCCAUCCCUCUGAUUACCCUGAACUUCUCGGUAAGGAAGAAACUAGCUCUGUACCUCAAUCCAAGAACAGUAGUGGCGGCAGACUGGACGGUGCUGGCCGAGGAGAUGGGCUUUGAGUAUCUGGAAAUUAAGAACUAUGAAAGAUUAGACAAUCCCACUGAAAAACUGUUGGAAGAUUGGCAAGUCAAGCAUGGCUCUUCUGUGGGCAAAUUAAUGGAGUUACUCCAAAAGAUACAACGUGAUGAUAUCCUUGAAGAUGUCACACCAGAUAUUGAAGCGAGCUGUCGACGAUACCUUAAUAAACCAGUUCAAGUGCAAUCAGUGGAUAGCAGUGAGCCCAAAACUCCAAGUCCAGGAGGAAUAACAAUAAGAGAUGACCCCACAGGAGCUGCACCCGAGUUCUUUGAUGCAUUCAUUUGCUAUUGUCAAGCUGAUAUUGAGUUUGUUCACGAGAUGAUCAGGCAGCUUGAGCAGUCUGAGUGCAAACUGAAGUUGUGUGUAUUUGACCGCGAUGUGCUGCCAGGGUCGUGUGUCUGGACCAUCACCAGCGAGCUUAUUGAGAAAAGAUGUAAAAGAAUGGUGGCGAUAAUCUCUGAUGACUAUUUGGUCAGUAAUGAUUGUGACUUUCAAACGAAGUUUGCUCUAAGUCUCAGUCCAGGUGCCCGAGACAAGCGCCUGAUCCCUGUCAAGUACAAGCAGAUCAAGAGAGAAUUUCCAAGCAUUCUCCGUCACAUCACCUUGUGUGAUUACACAAACCCAAGCACCAAAGCAUGGUUCUGGAAGAGGCUCGCUAAAGCACUCUCACAACCGUGAAAGGAGACCCUGGAAAGGGAACAGAAAGACAGCGGUGAUUAUGUUGGUUACACUGCAAGAAUGAAGACAGUUUGGGGUUCUACCAUUCCAUUAAUCUGUACCAAAUGACCAGAUCUGGUGUCUUGACUAUACAUUCCAUUUUUCAGUAUUUGAAAGGAUUGAAUCUUUUCUCACUAGUGAUGUACAGCAAAAAAAAGUUUUGAAUAAUUUCAAGAUGCAGCCAAGAUCACAUUCUUGAGGUGCAGAGCUAUUUUGAGUGUCAAAUUGAGUACAUUUUGCUUCAUAUAGCAGCAAAUCCACAACGUUUGAGUCUGGCGAAGUCUGUAGUUACACAUACAGUUUGCUGAGAACAGUGUCAGUCUUCAUAAUUACACUUAAUACCUAGCAGAGCCUUAUGACCACUUUUCAACUUAACUGUUUCUACACCGUCAGACUGCUUAUCUGAUUAAUACUUGAUCAGCAGAAAUUUCCUCGAAUGCAAUAUUGGGAAGAUUAAAGAUAUUUUUAAAAAAUUGGAAAUGAGAAUCUAAUAAUGAUCAUGAAACGGUUGACUCUUAACUGCCCACUGGGCAAUAAAUGCUGGCCUAACAAGUGAUAUCCAAAUCCCACAAAUGAAUAAAAAAUACAAUCUCUGACAUAAACAUUGUUCCCUGCGCACUAACUCUAAAGCUUUUAAUAACUGAGGCUAAAGCACACUCUUUACAAUCUUGUGGAAUUUGACCCCAAGAUUGCUGUUGAUAAUGUGUCUGGAUCAUCAGCAGUAAAAACACCUAUUUCCUCCUCCGUAAGAUCUGAUUCUGCUGCUGCUGCAGCUUCAAUUUAUCUGUUGCUGAAACUCUAACUUGUGCACAUGUUAGCUCCCGAGUUGACCAUUCCACUCCUGGUUAGUAUGAUACAUGUUCCACCCUCCCAAACUUAAGGUCAUCCAAAACGCUGCAGCCCAUUUCUUAACUAGCACUCAAUCCUGUUGACCCAUCAUCCUUGUGAUUACUGACCUACAAUUGCUCCCAAAUUAACAAGGUCUCUUUUUAUAAUUGUUGUCCACGUAUUAAAUUAUUUCCAAGGAUUCCCUACUCCAUAUCCCUGUGACCUCCUCCAACAAAAAACCAAGGUAACUUUGCUGAAUAUUGGCUUCCUGACCAUCUGUGAGCUUAAUCGCUUCGAAACUGAUGGUUGUGCCUUCAGCUGAGAAGAUGCCAAAGUCUGAAAUUCCUUCCUUCAAUCUCUAUGCCUCCCUAUCUCACUUUUGUUUUUGAAGAUGCUCCUUAAAACACAUCUUUGACAAAGCUUUUAAUAUCAGCUAUCAUGUGUUUUGGUGUCAAAUUUUGUUUAGGUUUUGCUCCACCUAAGCAUUUUAAAUCUUUCUUUAAAAAAAUUAAAGCUCCAGAGGAUAAGUUGUUGGUGGGAUCCAAAACCAGAAGUAAUAAAUAUUAAACAAUACGUAAUUUGUAUACCCGGUAGAACAUUUAUAAGUCGCUUUUUCUCUCCCCCCCCCCCACCCCCCACCAUUAAUAGUAAGGUGGAAUAUCCACUAUAAGGAGUUGUUGAGGUAAGUAGUCAAUACAUUUAAGGGGAAGCCAGACAUGCACAUGAAGGGAAAGGAAUAGAGUUUGUUGAUUGGUUAGAUGAAGAAAUCUGAGGGGAGACUCGCGUGGUGCAUAAAUACUGGUAUAGACCUUUUGGACUGAAUAAUCGGUUUUCAUGCUGUAGACUCAAUUAUAUGUACAUCCUAGCACGUCACUGAGAAUCUCUCUUCUGCUUUGGAAAUAACCUAGGAAUAACUGAUGUCAGUACAGAUGAUGAUCACAAAGGUAUCAGAUUGUUGUAAAAACCCAACUGCUUCAUUAAUAUCCUUUUGGGGAAGGAAAUAUGCCAUCAUUACCAAUCUGGCUCAUUUGUGACGAUAAUCCCAUUUCUAAUAUCUGAUCUUUAAAUAUUCUCUGAAAUGAUUUGGAAGAGAUGCAGUCAUUUUUAGCACAGAAACAAUAGUUUUGAUACAAAGACCCCUUUUUCUGAUGAAGGGUCUAGGCCGGAAAUGUCAGCUUUUGUGCUCCUAAGAUGCUGCUUGGCCUGCUGUGUUCAUCCAGCUCCACACCUUGUUAUCUCGGAUUCUCCAGCAUCUGCAGUUCCUAUUAUCCCCGUUAGUAUCUCUUGCUUCCUGAUGCAAAAAAUGUAUGGGAGAACGCAUUGCAACUAACAUUUACUUUUCUGAUAACCUAAGAAAAAGCCCAUUUUUCUUAGGACAACUUUUUAAAUUCAACUUGUGGAAAGGCAUUCUUCCCCUCUUGGCUGUCACAUUUUUAGCAAAAUUGUCAUUUUUUUAUUGAUGUUUUAUGUAUUUUCUAAUGUAAAACCAAAGGGCUAAAAUAAUAAAAAAAAUUAUAGAAGUGCAGUUUCAAGUGUAUCCAAUGCUUCACCAGUGGUUGAUUUGAUCAUAAUAGUUGUGUUUUUCCAGUGACAAAAUAUAAACUCAUCUUAAAGGUUAGUUUCAAACGAUGCUUCUCUUCCUUCUUCAUUUUAUCCCAACUGAAUUAUAGAAUAUAUAUACCAAAGCACAGUUCUAGGUGCCAUGACAUUAUUGGUCCUUAGUGACAGCAGAACAAGAUCUGUCUCAAUGCCUGUGGGUUGAGCUGGAAUUAAUUGUAAGAGAAUGUUAAGGCCAGAAGGUUUGACUCUUUUCAUCAACAAUGAGCAUAUUUAAUGCGCAUAAUCAUGACAUUAAAGAGUACAAUGCUUUAGUAUAGUAGUAUGGGACUAAUA